AAAUUGUGCUGAAACGAAACAAUCGCGCCCUCUCAGUUUGCCCUACGAGAGGAGCUGAGAACAAAUAAGAGCCAAAUAUUGGUGCGUAUUGAAGCGCGAAGAUGUGUUUUUGGAAGCUAUUAUUUGACCUCACUUUCGGCCAUAUUCCAACCAACCGUCCUGCACUCACUGAAUCAAUUAUCUGUAAUAUUAAGAAGCACAAUAGGCGACGAAAGGCUGUACUUCGAUGGAAACAAUGCAGCCGAUCACGGAAGAUCAGGAGUGGACGCUGCGACGAUGGGCUACCAUCAUAGGCAAACCUCCGCGAAAAAGAGAUAAACAAUUUCUCAAGGCGGAAAAGGGACUUAGCGAAGAGCAGAUUGACUCAUGGUGGAAGAACAUUGAUUCUCCCAAGCCUCAAGAUGCUGCACCUGUGACGCAACCACAGCAGAGAGUGGACACGAGCCAGAACUCUUUCCAGCACCAGGAACUUACAACAAUUGAAACCAGCCAAGAGGUCCAACAAAUGGAUGGUCUACAAUUUGGGCUAUCAAGCCAGGACUUCUCCUUCUUUCUGCCUCCAUCACAAGAAACUCAGGCGUGGUCUCCAAUUGGCGUGACGCAUGAGGAUUUCUCAAACUCACAUCCCUCGAUGCUCGAAGUUCCCCAAAAUAUUUGCUGGUCAAAUACAUUGGGGGCUGAAAGACCUCCAUCCUCCUUCUCUGAAUCCAGCCCUCUGCUCUCCCAACCCAUAGGUCACCGGAGAUGUAUGAUCGAGGGAGAUAGAUCGUACGAUGCAGAUCGAUCUUCUUACGAGUCAUCAUUGCGAACUUGGGAUACAGCCUCAACCUUGGUCUCCUUCUGCGAUAUGUACACAGAAGAUCUCAAGCCUACUGAUUUGAAUGAGUCGAAUCAGUCCAUCAACCCGAGCGAAUUGCAGGUGCCAACGAGGCCACCGCGCCUCUCCACCUUUGCACCACAGAAUGCCAUCAUUGAAGAAGGACCGUGUCUAAAUCGUGUCUCCCUCUCACGUGCUCAUGAGAGGAUCGAACUUCGCUCUAACUUCAACUUUCCAUCGGAGCCGGAAACUCCAACCAGCUCCCAGAAAGGGCAAGGGAAAUACGUUUGUACCUCAUGCAAGCGAGGCUUCAACCGUAAAGGCGACUGGAAACGACACGAAGAGUCUCAUGACCCGCAGAAUUUUUGGACCUGCCUACUUGGAGAGCCGGCAAAGUUAUCUGCAACUGGAUGGACUUGUGUAUUCUGCAAUUCAUUUAAAGCAAACCGUUCCGAUAUGGUUGCGCAUUUGAUAAACGAGCACAAGAUCCAUGUGUGUAAAAGCAAGAAGCUCGAGGCGAGGACAUUCUAUCGAAAGGACAAGUUGAAACAGCACUUGCAGCAAGUUCAUGCUCUAUCAGAGAAUUGCUCAACGCUUUGGGAGAGCUGGCAUCAAAGACCGAAGAAGAAAUGGGCUUGGGGAUGUGGAUAUUGUGGUGGUUGUUCUUUCACUUGGGAGGGUACGUUUAUUUCUUGUCUUGUCUUAUUUUCACGCCUCCCAAUUACUCAAUUCCCUCAUCCCCCGAUUUAUAUACCUGUUAUGCGGGUGACUUAUGAUAAGUCAUAAAGGCUAGACAUCGUUUCUCCUAGCAAUACCAUGCCCCUGUCCGGGUCACAUCCAUCAAAAGCUGUAGCUAACGAGCCUUAGGGAGGCUUAUUCAUCUCGCCGAGCAUUAUGAAAAGCAAAACCUUGU